GUAAGGUAUAAAAUACAAGCGACCGCGAGCUACAAACCUUGCGUGAUUUUUUUCUAAUUACGUUUAUAAGAAAAAAACUGAGUGAUCUAAUCGACUGCCAAAUUUGUUUUGGACUCGCUGACGCGCUCCUGCUGCUGCCGAUCGUCCAAAAACGUAUGCUGCUCGGCGAACCAGAUUGCAAUACUUCUGUCACUGAAGGAAUAAACUUUUCUACAAAAUAAUGCCUGCUGCACCGAGUUCUACUUCAGUCGGGGCUGCUGGUCGCUCACCCAGCAAAGCUGUAGCACCCCGUGCUGGUCUCGGAGGCACUGUCAGACAGCGAAAAACUGUCACUGCCACCGCAGCCAGGAAUCGUAACACUGGAACCAACUCCAGUGGUAUGUGGAGAUUCUACACUGAUGACUCCCCAGGAAUCAAAGUUGGACCAGUACCAGUUUUGGUGAUGUCACUGCUGUUCAUAGCAUCUGUAUUCAUGUUGCACAUCUGGGGAAAAUACACUAGAUCUUAAGCCAUACCGGUGGAAUUGGGUGUUUAAGUUUAAGAUCAAAAGACUUUCAAUAUGUCCACUGGACAAAAGUAUCAUUAAUGCACACAUCAAAAUGUCCAUCUUGUAAGAUUUUUACUUGACUAACUUUAUAAAAGUGAGAUUGUUGGUUGAAAUGAAAAAUGUUUUCUUUUUAAUAAAUUUUUAUUUAGCCAUUCUACAGAUUGUAAGAAUGUUUUGUCGUUUAUUUGAAUGGCCCAGCCUUUGAUGGCAUUUUGUAUGAUAUGCAUUUGUUUACCUUCCAAUUACAGUGCAUCAAGGGCACUUCUGCAAUAUGUUGAUUAAUACUGAAAAUAUAUAUAUAUAUGCAAAUAAAAAUUAAUU